UCCCUCAAUGGCGAUUGCUGCAGAGCAAGAGAAGACUUAUUCGGGGGUUUCGGCAACCGAGAAAAAAAGAUGGACUCUAAAUGACUUUGAUAUUGGAAAGCCUCUUGGACGAGGAAAGUUUGGUCACGUCUAUUUGGCUAGAGAAAAGAGGAGCAAUCAUAUAGUGGCACUAAAAGUGCUAUUUAAGAGCCAGCUGCAGCAGUCACAGGUUGAACAUCAGCUACGACGGGAAGUUGAAAUACAAAGUCAUCUUCGACAUCCCAACAUAUUACGGCUUUAUGGUUACUUCUAUGAUCAGAAACGAGUUUACUUGAUAUUAGAAUAUGCAGCGAAGGGUGAACUUUAUAAGGAACUUCAGAAGUGUAAAUACUUCAGUGAAAGACGUGCUGCUACGUAUGUUGCAUCAUUAGCUCGGGCUCUCAUUUAUUGUCAUGGAAAGCAUGUAAUACACAGAGAUAUCAAGCCAGAGAACCUGUUAAUUGGUGCACAGGGUGAGCUAAAGAUUGCAGAUUUUGGAUGGUCAGUGCACACAUUUAACCGUAGGCGUACCAUGUGUGGCACACUGGAUUAUCUUCCGCCUGAGAUGGUGGAAAGUGUUGAACAUGAUGCUAGUGUGGAUAUCUGGAGCCUUGGUGUUCUGUGCUAUGAAUUUCUUUAUGGUGUCCCUCCUUUUGAGGCCAAGGAACACUCUGAUACGUAUAGAAGGAUUGUCCAAGUGGAUUUGAAGUUUCCUCCUAAACCAAUUGUGUCUUCUGGCGCUAAGGACCUCAUUAGUCAGAUGCUUGUCAAGGAAUCUGCACAGCGCCUACCACUACACAAGCUUCUAGAGCAUCCAUGGAUCAUACAAAAUGCUGAUCCCUCUGGCAUCUAUAGGGGUUGUUGAGUUAAAUUGCUGGUUGGAGAACCGUUUUUAAUUUCUUGAUGACUUUCAGGAACUUUCUUGCUGGGUCAUCUUUACUGAAACAACAUUGUGACAGAAGGAAGGGAUUCCUUGUGUGAUGAAAAUAUCCAGACCUCUGAUGACUUGUUAUGGUUCAUCACUUUAGAUAUCCUUAUAUGCAGUUUGAUUGCAUA